CCGGAAGUCGACCUUUCAAAAAUGGCGGUGAUGUUCUAGGAUAAGGCACCGUUUUCACAAUAGUCAUUCUAAUUAUUAUCACAUCUUAAUUGUUUUAAUUAAAUCAUAUUAAAAUGUUCAAACGAAAGCAAGACGUGGAUAAGCAUGUUGCUUCGGUGCUGGCUAGAAAAAGAGACGAAAAAGAGAGAAAUGCUGCAGGUUUUCAGGUGGCAAGGCUGUACUCAGAAAUAAAAGAAUAUGACAUAGCAAAAAAAUACCUAGCUGGGUUUCUUAAAGUGCGAGAAACUGCUCCACAAGCUCACCAGCUAAUGGGAGAGAUAAAUGAGGCCCUUGGUCUUAAAGAGUUGGCUAUUGACGACUACAAAAGAGCUUUAGAUCUUGGUGGCUUUGGAAGUGCAAAUCGACAACUGGUGAAAAAGAUCUGUGAGUUGUAUUGUGAUAUUGGAAAUGAUGAACAAAGAAUGAAGUAUUGGUUGGACAAGUGUGAAGGUCUGUUCCCAAAGAGUGAAAUUGUUUACAAGCUGAAGGCAAAAAUAGCUGAAGCUAAUGGACAUAGUGAGGAUAACAGUAAAGAAAUGGAGAAUCUUGUUAUCUCUGAACUGAAUGAGCGGCCAGCUGAUGUGACACUCAGAAUAAAACUUCUGAACAUUUACUUGGAUUCAGGAAGGUUUGAAGAAGCAUAUGAGGCAGCAGUCGGCACAGAUCUUACCACAGCUUUUGUUGAUAGACUUCAGUGGUUUGAAACCCUGGAUUCUGUGUUUCAAGAAUUUGGGAAGAAAAAUAAAGAUACAGAAACAGAUACAACCUACAAUUUACAUCUGUUACAUAUUUUAAGAAAUGUGACAUACUUAAGUCUAGGAGCAAAGGAAAUAGCUGAAUGUUCAAUUGCACUCUACAGAUUUGACAAGCAGCUGAAACGUGCCCUAUCUAUCCCCAACCAAGACGAGCUAUGGACAGCUAUGUUGAGGGAGAUGAAGGGGCAGAUGUUUUUCUUGGCAGGCUUAUUACUGCUGAAGAGAGCUCAAUCUGGUGCAGUACAGUGGCAGGAAGUGAAUCAGCUAGCAGGAGCUUGUUUCCUCGCCAGCCGUAGUAUGGACCCUCUGGAUGCCCAGUCUCCCUGGUUUGUGACGGCACCACAUGACCGUAGCAAGUUUAACAGCUGGUGGCACCUGCAGAGCUACGACAGACUUUCACAAGUUGGUCACAUGCUUCUGCAACUGUCCCAAAAUGACCUGGUUGACUGGAGCAGAAGUGUUAAGCAACAAACCAUGACAACAGUAGGCCAUCAGAGAGUGUUCAAAACCCUCUAUGCCCCUCGAGACUUGAAAGUACAUGGGGAAGCGUCUUUUUUUUAUGAAGCCAAAGAGAUGGUGGAUGGCUCUGAUCCCAAAGAGCCCCUAACAAUGCGACAUAUGCUUGAUAUUGACAGGGUGGCUUUCCAAGUUCACCUAGGAGAUUUAUCUCAUUUAGUUUGGAUUUGUCUCCAGCGUUAUUCACCCGAUAUGCCUGCACAGCCCAACUAUCACUUCAGCAUCAUGGAAAACAUUCAGUUCAGUGUAAAAAAUCUGGAGAGUGCUGGAGGAGAAUCUCUAUGCCAGCUUGAUCUCCUGGUAUUUCUGUUAGCAACAGUCCGGUGCUCAGCCAGCUCUAUAACAGAAAAUAUAUUUUCAUAUGAGGACCGUUCAGGGCGGCCCACGCUGCUGCCUGUGUGCCUAGGCAAACCUCUCUGUACUCCAGAGCAAGAAGAGUGGUGGAAAGCUGCUUAUAAAUUCUGCAGCAAUACAGUCAAAGAUGACUUCUCCCGCCUGAGAAGAAUUUUGAUUCGGGGUAUUGAAACAGUGAGAUUGAUUGGCCAGCAUGGAAUGUCUGUGUCCCUAACAACCCACAUUGCAAGAUCUCUUGAUGCAAAGAUAAAAAGCUUGAAAGAAUCUGAAUUUGGCUGCCGUUGUCCUGUGUCUGAGCUGACAGCUCUAGAAAACAGAGCAGCAUUUUACUGGGAGAGAUCACUUCAGGCUUUGGAGAGAAUUAAGAGGAACCAGCACAUUCCAGCACCAAAAAACCGAAUGUUUAGAGAAGUUUCAGACCUUGACCUCCCUCCUCGACUGAUUGACAAGUACUCUGCGGAGGUCAAGUUUGCCCUGUCACUAAUUGCCAUGAAGAGAGGAGAUUUUGAAGCUGCCCUUGAAGGAUUUGAGUCUCAUCGCUCACCAUGGGCCAAAUAUCACUCAUCACAGAUUUACAAGCUUCUAGCUGAAAAAGAGGCAGACAAAGAUGAUUACAUGGAUGGUGAAAGUAGCAGUAAAAAACAAGCGCUGCUACAGAAAUCGAGAGACUGUUUACAUGAAGUAAUGGACCAUCUUAGUGGAGACACAGCACAUGAACUGAAUUACCUUGUUACCAGAGACUUGGAUGAAAUUGAAAUGCAAAUACAUGGUUUUCAGUUUGAAGAAAAAGAUUCCAGUACCAGUAGCUCCUUCCACACCCCAUCCAAAUUCCCAAAUGAUGUGAGAGCCAGUAGUAGCAUAAAUGGUGGCAUUGCUCACAGCACUCCAAGGUUUCCAACAGUACAAACAUCUCGUUCUGACAUUGGAAUUCACACUUCACAGAGCACUACUGAUACUAAAAAAGAAAACAUUCGGGAUAACAACAUGUCAUCAACAUCCGAGAACUAUGACCGACCACGCCCUUCCCCAGAGCGUCUAGAUUCUCAGAUCAAAUCCUUGAGCUACAGCCAGACAUCCUUGUUCAAGAUGGUGUUGGACAGGAAUGAGGAGCUCAUAAUGAUCAAUGGGAAGAUGAUGGAGGAACUCCGAGACAACAACAACCAGCUGAAGUCUGUUCUGGUGGAGAAUAAAACACUAAUGGAUGAGCUGAAGAAUUUCCUGGCAGAAAACAGGGACAUGAUGAAACACAUAAAGAAUGAACUCAGUGUUCUUAAAGCCAGUCAUGUAGCAUCUCCUGCUGCCACCAUCCCACCAGCUCCUCCCCUCUUUAUGCCACCUAUGCCAGCCUCAGGUCCACCAAGAGGGCCAUACACUGGGUACCCACCCCCUGCCUACAGUGGCUACAUGAUCAACUCCCCAGUCCCCCCUCAGCCACCCCUGGGUCCAGGCCCACAGUACCGCCCCACUGGUCUUCCUGGAUCAAGGUCAUCUAAUGUUGGAAAGUAUCGACCACAGUCAGAAGAAGAUGAGGAGGAGGAAGAUGAUAUUAGUAACAUAGAGAGGGAAUACUUUGAGCAUGAGCAGUCUUACACCCAGUUCUAUACUCCUGAAGCACAGAUGCUGCAGGAAUGGUCUGUGAGUAGUAGAUCAGGAAUAGAUAACCAGCCACCUAUGUCUUUGCCACCCAUGCAGCCGAGGAUGAAUAUGCCAGCACCUGGUUAUUUUGCCUCUGCCCUGAGAGGACAAUCUUUACAGUAUGCUCAAAAUGCACAAACACCUGGACAGGUAAAACCCACCCCAGGACCAGGAUUCUUUUCAACUCCACUGCCAUCAGUAGUUCCUGCCCCUGCUCCAGUGAUUGCUGCACCUGUCACUCCCAUAGCUGUGUCAAAUGUUAAAGGUCCUGUACCUGAUACUACAUCAUCCCCUGCACUUCUGUCAGCUCUUUCUGGCCAGAGAUCUAUUACUGCGGGGACCUCUAAAAUUGAUUCGUCUGUUACAUCCCCUCAGCCUAAUGUGGUUCCACCAUCUUUGAGUGGUGAGUCAAGAAUCAAAAGUUUGUUCCAUGCUAGAGCAGUCAUGGAACCUAAAAAAGCUAAAGGAGAAAUUACAAUUCUAGUGGACACCCACAACAAUCGUGCCACCAUCUUGAUGAUGAGUGACACCAGAGAGAUACUCUACCAUCAUGACAUCAGAGAGUUGAAGAUUGAGCCAUCAUUUGUGGCCACCAAUGUCAUCUGGACAGGAACUAAAGUUGGAUCUCAGGACAGGGAGAAAGUAACCGUCACUUUAGACAGCUCCUCCGUGGCCACACAGUUAAAAGAUGCCAUUCAAAAAGCUGCUGCACUUAUUCAGCCUAAAGUCACUACUCCCCAAGACACAAGAACUGCUCCCAGUAUAUUUGGUGGGUUUGCAACUCCCAGUAGCAGCUUAGUUACCACCACUACCACUGUAGCUGCCACUAGCACCACCUCAAUCACCAGCCUGACAGGAAGCACCACCAAGACAUCUCCCAAACCAACAUUUGGAGGAUUUACCUUUGCAUCUAAUCCUCUGGUCACCCCCACUGCUGAGAAACCUAAAGUAGACGCAAGUAAAAAUACACCUGUGACCAAAGAAGAUGCACCAAAACCAUUUGCUGGGUUUUCUCUGACCCCAUCCUCUACAGCUGCUAAACCAGAGCUGAAAUUCUCUGCAUCUGACAAGUCCCUGUUCAGCAAGUCACCAGGUGCUGUCCCCAAAAGUCCAGGAGCCAAGAGUCCAGGUGCUGGGGAUGAUGACCAUGUGGAGGAGUAUGAACCCAAUGUUGACUUUAAGCCAGUCAUAGCCUUGCCUGAACUGGUGGAGAAAAAAACUGGAGAAGAAAAUGAAACAGAGGUAUUUGUUGAACGAUGCCGACUGUUCAGAUUUGACCCAGAAAGUAAACAGUGGAAAGAAAGAGGCACUGGAGAAAUGAAGAUUUUGAAAAAUAAAGAAAAGGUCAAAUUCAGAAUCAUCAUGAGACGAGACCAGAUCCUGAAGCUUUGUGCCAACCACUACCUCACCUCAGAGAUGCACCUAACCCGCAUGGCCACAUCAGACCGUGCCUGGUGCUACUCAGCCAUGGAUUUCUCCGAGGAAGAAAUGAAGGCAGAGCAGCUGGCUGUCAAGUUCAAGAAUGCAGAGAAGGCCUCAGCUUUCCAGGUUGUGUUUGAAGACUGCUGCAAGCAGCUGAAGGAGGAGAAGGAGAAGAGUACUGCCCCUGGUGCUGUCACAAAAGAGACCAAAACAGCAGCAGCUGACAGCACUUCUGAUAAAACAGAUGGAGCUGGUGCAUCGUUUAACAAAAGCUCUGCCAGCCAGCAAUCAAAAGAGACCAAGUCACUCAGCGACAUGUUCAAGCCCAAAACUGGUAGCUGGGAAUGCAGUGGUUGUUACAUACGCAACAAUGAGGAUGUGGCUAAAUGCCCUGCUUGUGGUACUGUCAAACCAGGAUCAAAACCAGCCAGCACUGCUACAAGUUCAUCGUUGAGUGAAAUGUUUAAGCCCAAGGCUGGGAGCUGGGAAUGUGAUGGUUGUCUGGUGAGAAACAACUCUGAUGUGGUCAAGUGUCCAGCUUGUGGAACUUUGAAGGCUGGCACCAAACCUGAGGAUGUGCCUAAACCUGCAGCGGGUGGAAUCUCUUUUGGUGCUUCUCUCUCUGCUGGACCUGCAGGUACAGGAUUUAAGUUUGGUACACCAGCCUCUAGCACUUCCUCCAUGCCCACAACUGGUGGCUUUACCUUUACAGCACCGACUACAACACCUCCAGCCACAGGUGGAUUCAAGUUUGGUGCUCCUGUCACCUCCACUCCACCAACUACUGGAUUUGGCUUUAAAAACGACUCAACUGCUGAACAGAAACCUGCAGGAUUUCCUGUCAAGACAACACCCAACCCCACAGGGUUUAUUUUUGGUGGACUAACUGCACCUUCUGGUGCAACUGCUACCACCCCAUCAGCUACCACCGCAGCAACAACAUCCACUGGACUUUUUUCCACGACACCAUCAACACCCUCCGGUUCAUCAACUGCAUUAUCUACACCGUCAGCAGGGUUUACCUUUGGGCCCAAACCUACCGGGUUCUCAUUUGCGUCGCCGGCAUCUACAGCCAAAGCUCCCUCCAGCUCAGGCUUGCUAGCCAAACUUCUCACCUCAGAUGAUGUCAAACCUGAAGUGACAUCAGCACCUGGUAGUGCUCCAACAGCUGGAUUCAGCUUUACCAUGCCCUCAAAAAGUAAUACAUCUUUUGGAAGCGUCACCCCUUCCACAUCUUCAACAACACAAGGCUUCCAGUUUUCUUUCUCCAAGUCCCCGGUCAAAUCACAGCAAAUGCCAGUAGUCCCAGGUUCACCUGAGGUGGAUGAACAUGGGAUGUACAUCAACAAAGAGGGAGAUGACUCUCAUAUUCAUUUUGAACCAGUUGUUGCCCUUCCAGAGAAAAUUGAGGUAAAAACUGGAGAAGAGGAUGAAGCCAUUUUGUUUGAGUCUCGAGGGAAGAUGUACAGAUUUGUGUCUGGUGAAUGGAAAGAAAAAGGAGUUGGUGUUGUAAAAAUAUUAGAGCACAAAGACACAAAGAAGACCAGAGUGCUCAUGAGGAGAGAUCAGGUGCUUAAAAUUUGUUGCAACCACAAAAUAGAACCUGCCUUAAGUCUACAGCCCAUGGCAAAAAGUGAUGGCAAGGCCUGGGUUUGGUAUGCACUUGAUUUCUCAGAGGAUGGAGAUGAUGGUAAAAUGGAGCAGCUUGCACUUAGGUUCAGAAAUGCAGAAAUAGCAAAUGAAUUUAAGAAAGUUUUUGAGCAAUGUCGAGACAAUUCCAACACAAAUCAGUCUAGGACCCAAGAGCCUGAUGUAUCCAUCAGGGGAGAUGAAUCACUCCAAGAUGAAGAUGAUGAUGAUGUUAUAAUCAUUCGUGAGGAAAAGCCCACAGCAGAGCAGAUCGCCAUGGCCAGAAAGUUCCUGUUGCCAGAUACAUUUUACUUGUAUGAAAAUAGACCACCAUGUCCUGGGUGUAUAGGCUGUGAAGAUGGGGAACUCCCUAAGUCAGUUGCUCCAGUUUCUGCUGCCAAAACAUCUGUCAACAAAAAAUUUAAAGAUAACCUCACAAGCACAAAGCCCCCAGCACAACAGACAAUAUUUGGAGGGGCAGGCAAUCUGCCUGACUUUGCUAGUCUCACGUCAGACACACCCUCAGAUAAAAAGGAUGGCAAUAGUUUUGUCUUCGGGUCAGGGGCGUCUCUUGACUUCUCCAGUCUGGCAUCAAGCAAUAAAGCAGAAGAAUUUUCAUGGAAAAAAACAGACGCGUCAGCCCCAUUCAAGUUUGCUGGAGCUGGGCAGAAGUUGUUUGGUGUGGGGACCACAGGUAAAGAGGCUGCUGAUGACGGUGAUGAUGGCGGUACUGUGGCACCAAGUGAAGACAUACAUUUUGAGCCUGUUAUACCUCUGCCAGAUUUAGUGGAGGUCAAAACUGGGGAAGAAGAUUGGAAAGUUUUGUUCUGUCAGCGUGCCAAACUUUACAAGUUUGACGAAGGUCUCAAUCAGUGGAAAGAACGUGGCAUUGGAGAUCUAAAAAUCAUGCAACACAAUACUAAAAAUAUGUUCAGAAUCCUCCAGCGCAGAGAACAAGUGUUAAAGGUUGCAUGUAAUCACCUGAUAUCAGUUGACAUGAACCUCAAGCCCUUGUCCACAUCAGAGACUGCCUGGUGCUGGGUAGCCAAUGAUUUCACAGACACAGAGCCGAGCGUUGAGAGGUUUGCUGCCAAGUUUAAAACAAAAGAUAUCGCAAUGGAAUUUAGCAAGAUAUUUACUAGCUGUCAAGAGAAGCUUAGCACUCAGGAAAAUGCAAGCUCAUCAGAAGCUGCUUUAGAAACUGGACGUGCUCAGGACGAGAGAGUUCAGUUGCUGCGCUCUUUGACGCUAGAGGUAGCUGAACAAGAUGCUAUUGUUCCAGCUACAUACAAGGGCAGUAAUGCCCGUUUACUUCUGUGGCAAAGCUUGAGUAGUCUUAGCACUGAGGAGGGUGGCGCGGGGAAACAAAUGGAACAUAGGGAUGUUGUUGAUGCAAUGAGCGCUGGCUUUAGCCAAGUUCAAGGGGAUAAGGGAAACAGGUUCCAUGCUAAAGCUUUAGAUGUAACUGGCCAGGAUUUUGUUGCAUCUUCAUCUUACAUACAAUUGGGCGAGAGAGAAGCCAGUGAAGUUAUGAAAAAUGAUUUGGUGACACCACUAGGGGACAAAGGCAACAGACACCAUACAAAAGCCCUUGAUGUGGUUGGUGAGGAUUUUGUAGCCCCAGCUUCCUACACACCUUUAGGUGGCAGUGAACAUGCCAAAGAUAAAAUGGUGUCUAGCUCCACAACACCACUGGGUGACAAAGGCAACAGACACCAUACAAAAGCCCUUGAUGUGGUUGGCCAGGAUUUUGUAGCCCCAGCUUCCUACACACCUUUAGGUGGCAGUGAAAAAACAGGCAAAGAUAAAAUGGUGUCUACCACCACAACACCACUGGGCGACAAAGGCAACAGACACCAUACAAAAGCCCUUGAUGUGGUUGGCCAGGAUUUUGUAGCCCCAGCUUCCUACACACCUUUAGGUGGCAGUGAAAAAACAGGCAAAGAUAAAAUGGUGUCUAGCUCCAUAACACCACUUGGCGACAAAGGCAACAGACACCAUACAAAAGCCCUUGAUGUGGUUGGCCAGGAUUUUGUUGCCCCAGCUUCCUACACACCUUUAGGUGGCAGUGAACACGCCAAAGAUAAAAUGGUGUCUAGCUCCAUAACACCACUGGGUGACAAAGGCAACAGACACCAUUCAAAAGCCCUUGAUGUGGUUGGUGAGGAUUUUGUUGCCCCAGCAACCUACACACCUUUAGGUGGCAGUGAAAAAACAGGCAAAGAUAAAAUGGUGUCUAGCUCCAUAACACCACUAGGUGACAAAGGCAACAGACACCAUUCAAAAACUCUUGAUGUGGUUGGCCAGGAUUUUGUAGCCCCAGCAACCUACACACCCUUAGGUGGCAGUGAAAAAACAGGCAAAGAUAAAAUGGUGUCUACCACCAUAACACCACUGGGUGAUAAAGGCAACAGACACCAUACAAAAGCCCUUGAUGUGGUUGGCCAGGAUUUUGUAGCCCCAGCAACCUACACACCUUUAGGUGGUAGUGAAAAAACAGGCAAAGAUAAAAUGGUGUCUACCACCAUAACACCACUGGGUGAUAAAGGCAACAGACACCAUUCAAAAGCUCUAGAUGUGGUUGGUCAGGAUUUUGUAGCCCCAGCUUCCUACACACCCUUAGGUGGCAGUGAAUACGCCAAAGAUAAAAUGGUGUCGAGCUCCAUAACACCACUAGGUGACAAAGGCAACAGACACCAUUCAAAAGCCCUUGAUGUGGUUGGCCAGGAUUUUGUAGCUUCAGCAACCUACACACCUUUAGGUGGCAGUGAAAAAACAGGCAAAGAUAAAAUGGUGUCUAGCUCCACAACACCACUAGGUGACAAAGGCAACAGACACCAUUCAAAAGCCCUUGAUGUGGUUGGUCAGGAUUUUGUAGCCCCAGCUUCCUACACACCUUUAGGUGGCAGUGAAAAAAAUAAACCAGAUAAAAUGGUGUCUAGCUCAACAACACCACUAGGUGACAAAGGCAACAGACACCAUUCAAAAGCCCUUGAUGUGGUUGGCCAGGAUUUUGUAGCCCCAGCUUCCUACACACCUUUAGGUGGCAGUGAAAAAACAGGCAAAGAUAAAAUGGUGUCUAGCUCCACAACACCACUAGGUGACAAAGGCAACAGACACCAUUCAAAAGCCCUUGAUGUGGUUGGUCAGGAUUUUGUAGCCCCAGCUUCCUACACACCUUUAGGUGGCAGUGAAAAAAAUAAACCAGAUAAAAUGGUGUCUAGCUCCACAACACCACUGGGUGACAAAGGCAACAGACACCAUACAAAAGCCCUUGAUGUGGUUGGCCAGGAUUUUGUCGCAUCUUCAUCUUAUACCCCACUUGGAGCACAGUCUGGCUCAUCACAGCCAACAAGUUUCGGCCAGCUUCUACCAUCUGUGUAUUACAAUCAAGGGGAUGGAGGAAAUCCUUUCUACACUCAGAUGUUGAACCUGGCUGGUCUAGUUGAAACAAUGACCGCAACAGAAACAACCCCCUUGGGUGAUAAAGGAAAUAUCUAUCACACCAAAUUGUUAGACAAAGCUGAUGUGGGCACAGAGGCAACACUCACAGCCUCUGUUCAGUCAUCUGCUUACGAGGAUGAAGAAGAGGAUGAUGAAGAAGAAGAGGACAGUGAAAACAUUCUGUUUGAAAAGAGAGUUACCUUAAGUUCAUAUGAGAAUGGAACACUGACGAGAAUUGGCCUGGGUAAUGUCCAAGUAAUGUACAAUGAAGACCUCAAUGGCAACAGUAUAGUCUUCAAAACAGAUGAUGGAGCCACAAGAUGCAGUCAUGUUAUCUGUCUAGAGCACACCAUUUCUUUUGAUCCCAAACGUAAUGUCUGUGAAUGGAAGCCCAUUGACUAUUCAACAGAUGAGCCAAUCAGAAAACAUUUCUCAGCUGCAUUUAGUUCUCCACAGGCAGCCGAGGAGUUUGUCAAACUUUUUAAUGCGGGCCAAAAGCUAGCAGUAGAUUCUGAAAUCUCAGAAAAAGUGCCGACAGAUAUUGAUGAUCCAGAAAUUUAUUCUGCUGGAGGAAACUAAAAAAUGAAGGGGAAAUCCUUUCAAGACUAAUUCAAGAAUAGGACAUAACCUUAACUUGUUUUUUUUUUAAAAUCCAAAUUUAAAAGUUGAUCUCAAUUGAUGAAGGAACACUAAAUAUUUGCAAUUUAUUUUACUCAUUUUUAUGGAUGUAAAACAGCUGUUUUACAAGAAUAACUUUUCAAAGAUAAAAUUGUUGAGAUGGCUUGAAAUUGUGUUAGGUUGAUUUCUAUUUUACCUUGAGGCUGUAUAUGAACCAACUAUGCUAUGCAUUAAUUUUUGUCUGUUUAAAUCCAUCCUGUGUUCACUACAGCUUUAGUUCUGAAAAUGUACAUUUUUUUUUCUGUAAAAAUGUCUGACUAAUGUAUUAUUUGAUAUAGAAAUAAAAUCACAGGUCUUAUA